AUGGCUGGUCAAGUGCUGGACGGCAAAGCAUGUGCUCAGCAAUUCAGAACCGAUAUCGCUACCGAAAUUAAAUCCAUCCAGGGUCACGUGCCUGGAUUCACGCCCAAUCUGGCCAUUAUCCAAGUAGGUAACAGGCCGGAUUCUGCCACAUACGUGCGCAUGAAGCGCAAGGCCGCUGAGGAGGCCGGCAUCGUGGCAAGCUUCGUACACUUGGACGAGACGGUUUCCGAGUUCGAAGUGCUGCGUUGCGUAGACCGUUUGAACGAAGAUCCUCAAACGCACGGAAUCAUUGUGCAACUGCCAUUGCCUGCCCAUUUGGACGAAGACAAAAUCACCUCGAGGGUGCUGGCUGAGAAGGACGUGGACGGGUUCGGCCCCACUAACAUCGGCGAGUUGAACAAGAAGAACGGCCACCCAUUCUUCUUGCCCUGCACUCCCAAGGGGAUCAUUGAGCUACUGCGCAAGUCCAACGUUACCAUCGAAGGCUCCAGAUCCGUUGUGAUCGGUAGAUCCGACAUCGUCGGUUCUCCCGUCGCGGAGAUGUUGAAGUCCCUAAACUCCACUGUCACUAUCACCCACUCCAAGACCCGCGACAUCGCCUCCUACUUGCACGAUGCGGACAUCGUCGUCGUUGCCAUCGGCCAACCAGAGUUCGUCAAGGGCGAAUGGUUCAAGCCAAGAGAUGGCGCUUCCUCCGACAAGAAGACCGUGGUCAUCGACGUCGGCACUAACUAUGUGGCCGACCCAUCCAGAAAGUCCGGCUUCAAGUGUGUCGGUGACGUCGAGUUCGACGAAGCCAUCAAACACGUCCACUUGAUCACCCCCGUUCCCGGUGGUGUGGGCCCCAUGACCGUAGCUAUGCUGAUGCAUAACACUUUGAUUGCCGCCAAACGCCAACUAGAGCAAUCUUCUAAACCAUUACAGAUCCCAGCUUUACCCUUGAAGUUGCUGACCCCCGUGCCCUCCGAUAUAGACAUCUCUAGGGCGCAGCAACCUAAGCUCAUCAACCAACUGGCCGAAGAAUUGGGCAUCUACUCCCACGAAUUGGAACUGUAUGGUCACUACAAAGCCAAGGUUUCCCCCAAAGUCAUCGAAAGACUCCAAUCGCGCCAGAACGGUAAAUACAUCUUGGUCUCCGGUAUCACCCCCACCCCAUUGGGUGAAGGUAAAUCCACCACCACGAUGGGUCUUGUUCAAGCGCUAACCGCACAUUUGGGCAAGCCCGCCAUCGCCAACGUCAGACAGCCCUCCUUGGGCCCUACGCUGGGUGUCAAAGGUGGUGCUGCUGGUGGUGGUUACUCCCAGGUUAUCCCAAUGGACGAAUUCAACUUGCACUUGACCGGUGACAUUCACGCUAUCGGUGCCGCUAACAACUUGCUUGCUGCAGCUAUCGAUACUAGAAUGUUCCACGAAACCACUCAAAAGAACGACGCUACCUUUUACAACAGACUGGUGCCAAGAAAGAGCGGUAAGAGAAAGUUCACUGCCUCCAUGCAAAGAAGAAUAGACAGACUGGGCAUCAACAAGACCAACCCUGAUGAGUUGACUCCGGAAGAGAUCAACCGUUUCGCAAGAUUGAACAUUGACCCAGACACCAUCACCAUCAAGAGAGUGGUCGACAUCAAUGACAGAAUGCUAAGACAGGUCACCAUUGGCCAAGCCCCAACUGAGAAAAACCACACCAGAGUCACCGGGUUCGAUAUCACUGUGGCGUCCGAAUUGAUGGCCAUUCUUGCUCUUUCAAAGGACUUGAGAGACAUGAAAGAACGAAUCGGACGCAUUGUUGUCGCUGCUGACGUAAACAGAUCUCCCGUCACCGUGGAAGAUGUGGGCUGUACGGGCGCCUUGACCGCCUUGUUGAGAGACGCAAUCAAGCCAAACUUGAUGCAGACUUUGGAGGGUACUCCAGUCUUGGUCCAUGCUGGUCCAUUUGCCAACAUCUCGAUCGGUGCCUCUUCUGUCAUUGCAGACCGUGUAGCUUUGAAAUUGAUCGGUACUGAACCAAACGCAGAGACAGAGCCCGGUUAUGUGGUCACUGAAGCAGGGUUCGAUUUCACCAUGGGUGGUGAAAGAUUCUUCAACAUCAAGUGCCGUUCCUCCGGGUUGACACCCAACACUGUGGUUCUUGUUGCCACUGUGAGAGCUUUGAAGUCACACGGUGGUGCUCCAGACGUCAAGCCUGGCCAACCUUUACCUUCUGCAUACACCGAGGAAAACAUCGAGUACGUCGUAAAGGGUGCUGCUAACAUGUGUAAACAGAUCGCCAACAUCAAGCAAUUUGGCGUCCCCGUCGUUGUAGCAAUCAACAGGUUUGAAACAGACACUCAAGGUGAAAUCGCCGCCAUCAAAAAAGCUGCGUUAGAAGCUGGCGCAUUUGAUGCCGUCACUUCGAACCAUUGGGCCGAAGGUGGUAAAGGUGCUAUCGAUUUGGCCAAGGCGGUCGUUGAAGCCUCUAAGCAACCAGUAGACUUCCACUUCUUAUAUGACGUCAAUGCCUCUGUUGAAGAAAAAUUAACUACUAUUGUCCAAAAGAUGUACGGUGGUGCCGCGAUCGAUAUCUUGCCCGAAGCUCAACAAAAGAUCGACAUGUACAAAGAGCAAGGGUUCGGUAACUUACCAAUCUGUAUUGCCAAGACCCAGUACUCUUUAUCCCACGAUGCCAGUUUGAAAGGUGUCCCUACAGGAUUUACCUUCCCCAUCAGAGACGUCAGAUUGUCUAAUGGUGCCGGAUACUUGUACGCUCUUGCUGCUGAAAUCCAAACAAUUCCAGGUUUGGCUACUUAUGCUGGUUACAUGGCUGUUGAAGUAGAUGACGACGGUGAAAUUGAUGGGUUGUUCUAA